AUGGGAGAAGCAGUUCUAAGAGACAUCGCGAAAAACCGGGGGCUCGAUAUUCACGUCGAUAGCUGCGGAACUGGGGCGUAUCAUGUUGGAGAAGAUCCAGAUGAUCGAACCGUAGCGAUUUGCAAGAAGGUGCGAUAUGAAGAUGCUUCCCACAUCGCCAUCCGUCUCAUGGAGACUCUUCAGCAUGGUGUACCCAUUUCACACAAAGCUCGCGCCAUAUCUGAAUCGGAUUACAAGAAAUUUACCCAUAUUCUCGCUGCCGAUGGAAGUAACCUUCGGAGUCUUGAAAGAUUCAAACCUGAAGAUGCGACUGCCGAAGUUCGUUUAUGGGGCUCCUAUCAUAAUGACGACCCUAUCGGUGACCCGUAUUAUGGCGGUAUCAACGGGUUUGAGAAAGUGUACCAACAAUGUGUUACAUUUUCCAGUGCGUUUUUAGACGAGGUUUUCGGGAAAUCUUCGGAUGACAAGGGUGAUCUGUAA